AUGCUACCUUCACAAAACUCGUAUUCUCCAAUGAGUAGCUCCGUACAACGAAAAAGCGAUCCACACAAGCUCGCGUUAUGGGUCGUGUGGGAACACGAAGGCAUACCAUCACCUGUUCAAUAUUUUUGUGACUCAUGUUACAAGGAUUUCAACUUCGACACUUAUGGGAAGAAGAUUUUCUCGUUCAAAUCUGCUCCACUGUACGAUCGCCACAAUCGAAAAUUUGCUCAGUGCACAAGCUCAACUGACGACUUGCAGCUGGAGGAAGACGACUAA